AAAAUGCGUGAUGCAAUCUAAAUCUACCACCACCGUCAGCAACGAAGACACCGUCGAUGAGUUGAUGGAAGAGUCCAUUUUCGAACAGAUAUGCGACACGAUAUUCGUCCUGAUCCCCGAAGUUCCGCGACUGAAGCAGCUGUUUCUAAGCUGGAGCCAGCUAUGCAGGGAAGAUAGAAUACAGCUAGACGCUAAAGUAGGGAAUUGGUGUUGCCCCAACAGAAGACAGCUUUACAAACCACUGCAGGAAGCUUUGGUCCGUUGGGAAACUGUACAAGACACUCAAGGGGCUCCAGGCUGCGAGCCUGGUAUGGUUUCGUUUUCGUGCGACCCACAACUCGAGGAAGAGCUCGUCAGUGUGAUUUGCAGUCUAGAGCUGUUGUUCCUAAAGAAUCGUAGAGGCAGAGACUUCGACGUGGACUACGAAGUAAAUCGUUCCACGGACAUCAUGAGGGAAGUGUCGCUGAACCUGAAUUGCGACAGCAAUUUGCACUCGAUCCUCAGCCCCAAGGAUAGAACGCCACACUCGGUUCACAGCUGCAGCUACAUCGCGGAUUUCAAGAGAUCCGACGACGAGCUCAGCGGCUACCUGACCAAUUGAACAUCGAAAAUCGACCCGAAUAACAAAGGAAACUUUCGUUGCAAAUUUAUUGCGCAAAAUUAGCGCGACGGGGCCCGAGAAAUCGCUCAAAGUCAUUGAAUUGUUCACGGUUCUUUUCCACGCGAGCCCCUUCGCGCUGUUUCGAACGAAUUCGUCGUGCUAGCAUGACCGAUUCGCGGCAAUGAAAUUGUAGCGACGUGCAAGAACCAUGAUUUUACCGCAAAACAGCUGGUUCAGGUCGAGUUAUUGAAAACAAGUUUUUUUAAAAAUGGAAAAAAUUUAAACCUUUAACAAAGUUAUAAACUGUAUGUGAAAGGUGUCUUAGAGGAAAAAUAGAAACAUAUGUAAUAUCCAGAAAUGAUAAUUAUUUCAGGUUUGGAUUCUAUACUCGUCCACAAAAUUAGAGAUUUUCCACUGAAUAAUUUGUUACCCUUCGUGUGACAAAAUUAGGAUUGCUAGUUUGUAGCUAUUUUUAUGUCGAGCAGAAUGAGUCCAAACACGACCUAGUUCGGGCUAUUUUUAAUUAUUUGUUAUCCAAGUAAUUUUUCCAAAAUUGUCAACAACGUAUAAUUGUAAAUGAUCCGAAUAGGGUCGUGUUUGUACUCGUUCUUCUCGUGAUAACCUCGUCAAUCCAUCGAUGACAUUUUAAAGAUAAAAUAGGAAGUAA